CACGAGAGGCUUGGUCUUGGAAGGGAGAUACGUUCACCGGCGAUGGCUCUAACUAUGGCUCCAUCUGCUGGUGCCCCGAAACUCAGAGCAUUCCCCUCACACCUGAGACCCAUCAGGGUGUGACGACCCGGAGGCCUUCAUAAAGGUGGAAGACACACCGUUGGAGGGAGACGAGCUGAGAAGAGCAGACCAAGCCAUAAGGAUUCGAGGAGGCAGGAGAGACCGGGAGGACGGUGUUGUUUUCCUUACAGAAGUGGAUUUCCGUUAAGUUAAGUUCUACCGGCAAAGAUUGACCGAAGCCUGAGUUACCCCCUGUUUUGACUGUUUUCUGUUGAACCUGAAGGACGGAAAUUAAAACCUUUUGUUUACAUUUUGAACCCGGUGUCCUCGCACUAUUUUGAACUACCCCGGAGAGAGCGGCGGCGCCUCUCGUGACAUCACAUAUGGUGGAGGAUGCGGGCGUUGUUCAAGCGGAUUUAGUGCAUGUCAGAGGAGGACACCGAAAGAUUGAUUCAACACUUUUCUAGAUUGACUGUAGGCCCCUCACUGGACAAAAUGGAAGAAAUCUUGAAGACCCUUAUUGCUGGCCAGCAAGCCCAGAUGCAAACAAACUUGGCUCUCUUGGAAGAACAAAAGAAAGCCAACCUUCUGAGGGCGGAGGAAUUACAACUGCAGAAACAGAUGGCCGACCGGAAUGUACGCCCAAUAAAUGCAAGUAACUAUUUAUCCAAGAUGGGUGCCACGGAUGACGUUGAGGCAUUCCUGCAUGCCUUUGAAGCCACGGCCACUAGGGAAGCCUGGCCCAGGGACCAGUGGGUUGGUCUGUUAGCCCCUUUUCUAACUGGGGAGGCACUGAAUGCUGUUCGGGACUUGGGGCCUGACCAAGCGACGGACUAUGAUGCCCUGAAAACGGAGAUCUUGAGCAGAAAUGGAAUUACCAAGUUUGGUAUGGCCCAGCGCUUCCACAACUGGACCUUCCAACCCGACCAACCUCCUCGUGCACAGAUGCACGAACUUGUACGGAUCACGCGGAAGUGGCUGGAACCACAGAGGAAUACGGCGCCUGCAGUAGUAGAGGCCGUGGUGGUGGAUCGAUACUUACGUGCCCUGCCUUAUGAGGCAAAGCGGUUCCUCAGUCAACAGGCCCUGACCACGGCCGAUCUAACCGUGGAAGCAGUGGAAAAGUAUCAAGCCACAACAGAUAUGCUUCGGGCCUCCAGAAGAGAACCCAGGAGCAUGGCCCUACCACAGACUGAAACAACCCGUCCCAAGGUUACCAACCCAGCCUCUUCAAGAGCCCCAGGGGGAGCCAGAAACCCGCUGGGUCCCAAGGAAAUACACCAGGAAAGGGAAACCAGACAGUGUUACCGGUGUGGGGGAGUGGGACACCUCUCCUGGCAUUGUGGGACGCAGGCGGACGACCCUAUGCCCACGGCUAAGUCAUCCAGCUCAUCACCCACCCCCCGGUUUGCCUCGCUCAUAGGACUUGUAGAUGCCCCCUCAGAUCGACCUCCCACCUGCCCGGUGACUGUGAAUCACCAGGACGUGGAGGCCUUGCUAGAUUCGGGUAGCCGAGCUACCCUGGUACGGAAGGACCUGAUAGGACCACUUGGUUUGACCCCAGGGAAAGUCCUUCCCGUUUCCUGUGUCCAUGGAGACACCAGAGACUACCCCAUCGUUGAACUCACGAUGACCACUACCCGGGGGACCAUACUCACGGAGGUGGGGGUGGUUGAUUCCUUGCCCGUCCCCAUCCUAAUUGGACGAGACUUCCCAGCCUUCCACCUGCUGUGGAGGGAGACUCAGGAGCGGCUAAGCAGAGUACCUCGGAAGCGGAGAGGAAUGACAGGUGCCCAGGCUGACACCGAGGCGGGUCCGGACACGGGAGAAGACAACAUGGCUCAGGAAAGUGCGCCGAUCUCGAGCGAGGAAGACAUCCCGGGCAUCGACACACUUCCCCCGCUCACAGGCCAGUACGGUACAGCCCAGUUACAGGAUCCCACCUUGACAAAUGCCCUGAGAAAUGUGCAGGUGUUAGAGGGAGUAGUGCUAGGGGAUCGGACAAACCCUACCUAUCCACAUUUUGCAGUAAGUCGGGGGUUAGUCUACCAGGUGGUAAAGAAAAAUGAUGAAGUGCAUGAACAGCUCCUCGUACCACAGUCCUAUCGAGCCACCGUACUUCACUUAGCACACACGCACCCACUAGGGGCCCACCUAGGGGUCGAGAAAACUAAGGAGAGAAUCCUGCAACGCUUCUUUUGGCCCGGAGUACACAAAGAGAUUGAGAAUUUCUGUCGUAGUUGCCCAGAAUGUCAGCAAGUGGCACCAAAGCCCACAUACAGAAAUCCGCUCAUCCCAUUACCAAUUAUCGACACUCCUUUUGAGAGGAUUGGACUGGACAUAGUAGGGCCCUUACCAAAAAGUGCCAGAGGGCAUCAGUAUAUUUUGGUCAUCCUGGACUAUGCAACCCGAUAUCCUGAGGCCAUCCCGCUGAGGAAGGCUACGGCCCGACACAUCGCCAACGAGCUGUUUCUCCUCUCAACCAGUCUUGGAAUCCCAAAGGAGAUAUUGACCGACCAAGGGACUCCGUUUAUGUCCAGGGUGAUGAAGGAACUCUGUGCGCUACUGAAGAUCAAACAACUAAGAACCUCAGUCUACCACCCCCAGACGGAUGGAUUAGUAGAACGGUUUAACAAAACUCUAAAGUCCAUGCUACGGAAGGCCGUUGGGGAAGAUGGGCGCAACUGGGAUCACCUGCUGCCGUACCUGCUGUUUGCGGUGAGAGAGGUGCCGCAGUCUUCUACUGGUUUUUCACCCUUUGAGCUCUUGCUUUCUUACAGACCCAGAGGACUGCUGGACAUUGCGAAGGAGGCCUGGGAGGAGCAGCCAUGCCAACAGCGGACCCUGAUUGAGCAUGUCGGGGCCAUGAGGGAGAGAAUGAAGGCCAUCUAUCCCAUGAUGCGGGAACACAUGGAGACCACGCAACGGCAACAGCAAGCCUCCUACAACCGGUCGGCUCAACCCAGAGAGUUCAAGCCGGGUGACAAAGUGCUGGUCCUGGUGCCAACCGUGGAGUGUAAAUUCCUGGCAACUUGGCAAGGACCAUAUGAGGUCAUUGAACGGGUGGGAGAGGUCAAUUACAAGGUAAGGCAACCGGGAAAAAGAAAACGUGAGCAAAUUUAUCAUGUUAACCUCUUAAAGAAGUGGCACGCCAGGGAGGCGCUAUUCAGUUGCCCAACACCCACGGAGUCCAAGGAACCAGGGCGAGAAGAGGUGCAGGUGGGUCCCAGCCUGUCCCCCCAUCAACGGCAGAUGGCUCGGGAACUAGUGGACCGUAACCGGGAUGUUUUCUCCUCUCUUCCCGGGCACACGGAAGUGACCCAGCACGAGAUACGCACCGUGCCAGGCAAAACGGUGAACCAGCGCCCGUACCGGGUGCCGGAGGCUCAUAAGGGGGCCAUUCAGGAGGAGGUAAGGAAGAUGUUGGAGUUGGGAGUGAUCGAGGAAUCUCAAAGUGCCUGGGCAAGUCCCAUUGUACUGGUUCCCAAACCGGACGGGUCAAUACGGUUUUGCAACGAUUUUCGGAAGUUGAAUGAAGUAUCUGAAUUUGACGCAUACCCAAUGCCUCGUGUCGAUGAUCUGGUAGACUCCUUGGGAUGUGCUCGCUUCAUAACCACGCUUGACCUCACAAAAGGCUACUGGCAGGUUCCCCUGACGCCGGCGUCUAAGGAGAAGACUGCCUUUGCGACACAGGAGGGGCUCUACCAGUAUACCCGGCUCCCCUUUGGUCUCCACGGAGCACCGGCCACGUUCCAGCGAUUGAUGGAUCGGGUCCUUGCUCCCCAUAAGAGGUACGCGGCGGCAUAUUUGGAUGAUGUGGUCAUACACAGUCCCGAUUGGGACAGUCACCUACCCAGAGUACAAGCUGUGAUUGAUUCAAUCCGAGAUGCAGGGCUCACAGCAAACCCCAAGAAGUGCAGGCUGGCUUUCAGCGAGACAAACUACCUGGGGUACACCAUUGGGAGGGGUUUGGUCAAGCCCCAGGAAGCCAAGUUGCGGGCCAUACAGGACUGGCCACAGCCCAUCACCAAGAAACAGGUGAGGACAUUUUUAGGCCUAGCCGGCUACUACCGACGUUUUAUUAUGGGUUUUGCCACCAUAGCAGCCCCUCUAACAGAACUGACCACCAAACGGCACUCCCGAAUGGUGAGGUGGAACCCUGCGGCGGAGGCGGCCUUCAGCCACCUGAAGCGGGCUCUGUGCUCCGGUCCAGUCCUGGUGGCACCAGACUUCCGGAAGGAAUUCAUCGUACAGGCGGACGCUUCAGAGGUGGGUCUGGGUGCGGUACUCGCCCAGACACGUGAGGGGGAGGAACACCCAAUCCUCUACAUAAGCAGGAAGUUACUUCCAAGGGAGAAGAACUAUUCCACAGUGGAAAAGGAAUGCCUCGCAGUUACCUGGGCCCUGGAAUCCCUACGGUUCUACCUCCUGGGCCGACAGUUUACGGUGGUGUCGGAUCAUGCCCCUCUGCAGUGGAUGGCCAAGAACAAGGAAACAAACCGUAGGAUCACUAGGUGGUUCUUGAGCUUACAAGCCUUUAAUUUUUCUGUUGUCCACAGGGCGGGCAAGAGCCACAGCAACGCGGAUGCACUCUCCAGACGGGACGCCUUCUACACCUCCUACACAUCGACGAGGACGUCGGUCUCGAGGGGGGGGAUGUGUGAUGUCACGAGAGGCUUGGUCUUGGAAGGGAGAUACGUUCACCGGCGAUGGCUCUAACUAUGGCUCCAUCUGCUGGUGCCCCGAAACUCAGAGCAUUCCCCUCACACCUGAGACCCAUCAGGGUGUGACGACCCGGAGGCCUUCAUAAAGGUGGAAGACACACCGUUGGAGGGAGACGAGCUGAGAAGAGCAGACCAAGCCAUAAGGAUUCGAGGAGGCAGGAGAGACCGGGAGGACGGUGUUGUUUUCCUUACAGAAGUGGAUUUCCGUUAAGUUAAGUUCUACCGGCAAAGAUUGACCGAAGCCUGAGUUACCCCCUGUUUUGACUGUUUUCUGUUGAACCUGAAGGACGGAAAUUAAAACCUUUUGUUUACAUUUUGAA